UUUGCAUGGGCCGCGGACAGCGAUUAGGAGGAAGCAAGAGGUACUUGUGUCUCCGAGCCACCACGUGUCAGCCCCUUUGGAAUCACGACUCCAAGAAAUGCAGCUCUCCCAGGAGUUCCGCGGUCAGCUCGUGAGAGUGAAAUCGGAACCACUUGAUGUAGCAUCGUGCCUGCCAGAAGAGGGCCAGGUACAUCAACAGCACUGCGGAGUUCCGGCUGGGAUGUGUCGCAUUAAAGAAGAACCUCCAGAGGAGUCUUCAAAGGAACAUCCAAUCAUAGAAGUCAAAACAGAGCCUUAUAACGUUGCAAUCUUGACAGAACAGGACCAUAUGGGGCACCACUGUGAUUCAACACCGGAAGGAGCAAGAGAGAGCACAGGUACGCUCCAUAUUGAGAAGGACCAGCCCAGAGGCACUUGUGAUCUAGAAUCUUCAGGUUUCACUUCUUCAGAGGCACAGUUCAAGAUAAGCACAAUAACCCCUGGACCACAAUACAACAACACCUCACUAGUCACUACGGACGGUAGAACCACAGAGCGGCCUCCAGACGAGAGCAAGCCAUGUGCACUUGCAUGCACAUCGAAAGACAGCCUGAAACAGCACAUGUGUCAGAGCGAGUCUGAAAUGCGUUCCAUUACUUCUCCACCAGAUGAUAAGAUGGGAGAGGAGGGUUUCACGUACGACAUCUGUGCCCCUGCAUUCUCACCGUCUGGGAGUGACGAGAGCCACGUGUCAAAGCGUACUGACGAGAAGCAAAGCAAGUCCAAUCUCUGCCAGAGCUUGAGUCUGGGGUGUCACAAGCAAACGUAUACGAACAAGAAACCGCACAAGUGUGACCUCUGCCCGGCGAAGUUCAGCUGGGUUGCGCACCUGCGACUUCACAAGCGAGUGCACACUGGCAAAAAGCCAUACAAAUGCGAUACCUGCCCGUCAGAGUUCAGCCAGAGCUGCCAGCUACAGCGUCACAAGCAGACACACACGGGCGAGGAGCCUUACAAGUGCCAUCUCUGUCCUGCAAAGUUCAGCCAUAGUAGGGGCCUGAGGUAUCACAAGCGGACACACACAGACGAGAAGCCAGACAAGAGCAAUGUCUGCCCUGCUGAGUUCAGCAAGAGUACGCACCUACAGGACCACAAUUUGACACACAUGGGCGAGAAGCCGUACAAGUGUAAUCUCUGUCCUGCAGAGUUCAGCCAUAGUGCAAGCUUGUCGUGUCACAAGAGGACACAUACAGGUGAGAAGCCAUACAAGUGCGAUGUCUGCCCCGCCAGAUUCAACCGUAGCGGGAUCCUGCAACUGCACAAGAGGACACAUACGGGCGAGAAGCCGUACAAGUGCGACGUCUGCCCUGCAGUGUUCAGUUGGAGCAGGAGUCUACAGCUGCACAAGAGGAGACACACGGGCGAGAAACCAUACAAGUGCGAUGUCUGCCCUGCGGAGUUCAGCUUGAGCGGGGGUCUACAGGUGCACAGGAGGAAGCACACGGGCGAGAAGCCGUACAAGUGCAACCUCUGUCCUGCAGAGUUCAGGCACGGCGCGGGCCUGUCAUAUCACAGGCGGACGCACUCGGGCGAGAAGCCAUACAAGUGUGAUGUCUGCCCGGCGGUGUUCAGCCAGAGCGGGAACCUACAGCAGCACAAGAGGACACACACGGGCGACAAGCCAUACAAGUGCGAUCUCUGCCCUGCGGAGUUCCGCCAGCGCGGGAGUCUACAGCUGCACAAUAGGACGCACACGGGUGAGAAGCCGUACAAGUGCAACCUCUGUCCUGCAGAGUUCAAGUACAGAGCGGGCCUGUCAUACCACAAGCGGACUCACACGGGCGAGAAGCCAUACAAGUGCGAUGUCUGCUCUGCGGAGUUCAGCUUGUUGGGGAUCCUACAGAAGCACAACAGGACACACACUGGUGAGAAGCCGUACAAGUGCGAUGUCUGCCAUGUGGAGUUCAGUCAGAAAGUGCACUUACAACAGCACAAGCGGACACACACAGGCGAGAAGCCGUACAAGUGCGAUGUCUGCCCUGCCAAAUUCAGCCGUAGCGGGAUCCUGCAAGUGCACAAGAGGACACAUACGGGCGAGAGGCCAUACAAGUGCGACGUCUGCCCUGCAGUGUUCAGUUGGAGCAGGAGUCUACAGCUGCACAAGAGGAGACACACGGGCGAGAAACCAUUCAAGUGCGAUGUCUGCCCUGCGGAGUUCAGCGUUAGGGGGGGUCUACAGGUGCACAGGCGGACGCACACGGGUGAGAAGCCAUACAAGUGUGAUGUCUGCCCGGCGGUGUUCAGCCAGAGCGGGAACCUACAGCAUCACAAGAGGACACACACGGGCGACAAGCCAUACAAGUGCGAUCUCUGCCCUGCGGAGUUCUACCAACGCGGGAGUCUACAGCUGCACAAUAGGACGCACACGGGCGAGAAGCCGUACAAGUGCAACCUCUGUCCUGCAGAGUUCACGCACAGAGCGGGCCUGUCAUACCACAAGCGGACUCACACGGGCGAGAAGCCAUACAAGUGCGACGUCUGCUCUGCGGAGUUCAGCCUGAUCGGGAACCUACAGAAGCACAAGAGGACACACACUGGCGAGAAGCCGUACAAGUGCGAUGUCUGCCAUGUGGAGUUCAGUCAGAGAGCACACCUACAACGGCACAAGCGGACACACACAGGCAAGAAACCGUACAAGUGCGAUCUCUGUCCUGUAAAGUUUGCCCGCAGCGCGACUCUGAGAAAGCACAAGCAGACACACACGUGCAAGGAGCCGUAGAUGUGCAGUUUCUGUCCUGCAGAGUUCAGCCGGAGUAAGCACCUGCGGGACCGUAAUUGGGCACACAGAGGCAAAAAGCAAUACAAGUGCAAUGUCUGCCCUGCAGUGUUCAGCUAGAGAGGGACCCUACUGCUUCGCGCCUACGGGCGAGAAGCCAUACAAGGGCGAUGUCUGCCCUGCCAAAUUAAGCCACAGUGUGGGCCUAGGGCAACACAUGUAGACCCAGACAGGUGCAAAGCCACACUGAAGCAUUCUCUGUUCUGCAGACUUGAAGGACAUCACAAACCUGCAGUGUUACAAGUGGGUGUGCAUUGGUGUGAAACUAUGUAAAUGCAGCAUCUGUCCUGCAGAGUUCAUUCACUUGGUGAACAGACACCAGCCAGAGAACAAAACAGCUGCAGGAAGAGGCAGAGCAGGGACCUGUGGCUUCACACGUACCCACGAGAGACAAUGAAACUGUGAAAGCGCAGAGGCCAAGUAACUCGUACACGUGAAAGAGGUUGUCCAAUUAAGUGUCGGUUCUGUUCUGUCGCAUAUGUCCUCGUGUCCAGGAAAAAAAAGGUCCCGCUAAAACCCCAGCUCAAGGUCAUCAUUUUUAUCGAUGUCGAUCGAGUGAACAACGGAAACAAAUGAAAGA